UGGACUUCAAAUCAGCUGUUUUUAUUAAGCUGGGUUGGGCUUGUUUGUGUUUUUUUCUGUAAACAACUCGCAAUCUUAAUUUGUCAUUUUUAGUUGGUAAAUCUUUAUGUAAAUGGAACAAAAUGCAUAAGGCUUAUUCUGUGCAGUCAAUCCUAACACAGGGCGUUCAAAUUGAAGCAAUUGCUGCUUAUGGAAAUCAUGUCAUUUUGGGCACCAGAAGCGGCCAGCUUAUUAUGUACUCGGUGGAUAAAGAUAAGGGCGUGAACAUGCAAAUGUUUAACAAAAAUUUCAGUAAAAAACCAAUAACACAGAUGGAGGUGGUGGCGGCUGAAAAUCUCCUCUUUGUGUUAACCGACAGCAUGAUUCAUGUGUGCGAUAUGAGUCGACUUGAGAAUAAUUUCGAAUUCGUGCACAGUUCUUCAGAUACGAAAGGAUGCACCUUGUUUACUAUGGAUGUAGACAGCCGCAAAUCAACCACUGGCGAAUUGGCAACAUUUAUAAGAAUCGGUUGUGCCAUCAAACGACGUAUUGUUUUCUUCUUUUGGAAAGUGGAUAAACUCGAUUCAUUGGAGUUGACAAUUGAAUUGCUCGAUGUGCCCAGAGCUAUUUGUUGGGUGAACCAAACAGUUUGCGUGGGCUACAAGGAUGAAUACGUAAUUUACAAUAUAUCGUGCACUCCACCAAAGAUGCAUAAGCUGAUUUUGACCUCCUCAACCAUUAGUCAGGAGCCCAACAUUUGCCUGGUUCGGAACCAUAUGCUGGGCAUAUCCAAAGACAACUAUUUAAUGCUUAUUGAUCCAAGUCAAUAUCAAGCAAAGGAAGGCAGCGUUGAAGGUAGCAUGAACAACAAGACAACGCCGACCAUGUGGACACACCCUCUCUUGGGAUUAGUUUGGGAUGAGCCGUUUGCCAUUGGCCGUACCAAAAACGCUGUUGAGAUUCGCAGUUUGGUAGGCAGGGAGACGUUAGUGCAAUCUCUGCCAGAGCUAAAGAACACCAGAUUCCUAGUUCGCUCAGACAAGGGCACCAUUUUUGCUGCCGCCUCGUCUGAGUUGUGGUGUAUUCGCAUGGUGGACAUUCCAAGUCAGCGCAAGGAACUGAUGAAACAAAAGAAAUUUCAAUUAGCAAUAGAACUGACGGAUAUAUCCGAGGAAAAGAGCAAUGACAAAACGCAGACGAUACGUGAGAUUCAUAUGUUUUAUGCCCAUGAACUAUUCACCAAUAAAGAAUUCGCGCCAGCAAUGAAGGAGUUCGAAAAGGCCGCCAUCGAUCCUUACGACGUAAUCAAGCUCUUUCCUAACCUUGUACCAGAACCUCAGUCUACAGUUUGCGAUGCCGUGCCUACACCAAGCGUGCCUAAACUAGAGGAUCACGAUCUGGAAAAUGCCUAUACGGCAUUGAUUGAAUUUCUAGCGCAGGCUCGACAGCGCGAGGUUGUCAAGCUACUAGAUACCAAAAACAGUAAUAAGUCAUUGUUAGAGAUUAUUGAUACUACGUUGUUGAAGUGUUACUUGCAAACAAAUGAUGCACUUGUCGCUCCACUGUUGCGAUUGAAUCAAUGCCAUCUCGAAGAGUCGGAAAAAAUGCUUAAGAGAUACAAUAAGCUCUCGGAGUUGAUCAUACUUUAUGACGGCAAAGGCAAACACAAGAAAGCGCUUACACUUUUAAAGGAGCAGGCAAAUGUGGAAGGAUCUGUGUUGCAAGGCCUAAAGCGUUCCAUAAGUUAUCUGCAAGCACUGGGUGCUGAUAAUCUGCCGUUGAUUUUUGAAUUCGCCGACUGGGUUUUAACUGAGGAUCCGCACGAAGGCCUGAAAAUAUUCACAGAUGAGUUGAUUGCAGUUGAAGCGCUACCUCGAGCCAAAGUACUUGACUUUCUAGUUAGCAAGCACAAGGCACUGGUUGUGCCCUAUUUGGAGCAUAUCAUAGACGAAUGGCAGGACACAAAUACACUACGCCACAAUGCUUUGAUAAAGGAGUACAUCAAGCAAGUGCAACAACUGUUAGCCCAGCAGGCUAAGGGAGAGGAAACCCCAGAGCUUCCUGCUUUGCGUGCGAAGCUGUACAAAAUGCUAGAAGAUUCUCAACACUAUUCUCCAGAUAGUGUACUGCAAGACUUUCCCACCAAGGUGCUACUGGAGGAACGAGCAUUGAUUCUGGGUCGCCUUAAAAUGCACGACAAGGUGCUAGCUAUAUAUGUUCUAGUGCUAGGCGAUAUGUCAAAAGCUAAAGCUUAUGCAGAAACUAACUAUGACCAGAACAAAGACGUCUUCGAUAUCCUACUAGAAAUCAUACUGAAGCCCAUGCAACAACCAUUUGAGGAUGUACCCAUGCAUCCCGAUUAUGUGACGCCAAAUUUAAAAGUGGCUGUGGAGUUGCUCAACACCUAUACUGUGAAAAUUGAUCCAAUCAAGACAUUGGAAUCUCUGCCGGAUGAUAUGGAUUCAAGUGAGGUGAAGUAUUAUUUAGAAACGGUGAUACGCACUCAAAUGGCAGAGCAGCAUGAGCGUCAAAUCAUGAUUGGACUUUUACGAGCUGAGGCAGCACGACUUAAGACCGCCGUAGAUAAGGAGAUGAAUAAGAGUUUCAUACUAAACGAGUCCACAGUGUGUCCCGAAUGCAAGAAACGCUUUGCAAAUCAGACUGCUUUUGUGCGCUAUCCCAACGGCCAAAUGGUGCAUCUGUCCUGCUACGACAGAUCAAUAGCAUCCAACCAGCCGUAAAUGUUCAGUGUAUGUGAUAAUGACUAUGUAUGUAGUUUAGCUAUCUAAUUUUGUAACGCUAAGCAUUAAAGUAAAUCAUGCCAUUCUUAUAUUGUACAUCGAUCUCCAAGAGUUUACGAUUAGAAUAAUAUACAUAUUUAUUGGACUAUA